CGUCCUAUCUGUCAAACAUCUCCAAAACUUGCUUGUAAUCAUUCGAGUGUUUUGUAUCGCUGGCUAAAAAUUGUGUAAAAUAAUUUUACAGAAUUAUUUCUUUUAAAUUGAUUAACUGAAGUCGCAGCAAGAUGCCAGACCAUCUAGGGGAUGAUAUGCGUAAAGUGAAGAUAGAUAACAAGGAGGCAGAACCGGAAAUUGAAGCCCUCGAUGAAGUGGAUAUUGAGCUUUUGAAAACUUAUGGCCAAGGCCAGUACCACAAGUCCAUCAAACAGAUUGAGGAUGACAUACAAAAAUCAAUCAAGCAAGUCAACGAACUGACCGGAAUCAAGGAAAGCGACACUGGUUUGGCUCCGCCGGCUCUCUGGGAUUUGGCUGCUGAUAAGCAGAUCUUGCAGAACGAACAACCCUUACAGGUUGCUCGUUGCACGAAGAUCAUUAAUGCUGACUCGGAUGAUCCCAAAUAUAUUAUCAAUGUAAAGCAGUUUGCUAAGUUUGUAGUUGAUUUGGCCGACUCGGUCGCGCCUACCGACAUUGAAGAAGGAAUGCGUGUUGGGGUGGACCGUAAUAAAUACCAGAUCCAUAUUCCCCUACCACCGAAAAUAGAUCCCACUGUGACGAUGAUGCAGGUUGAAGAGAAACCUGAUGUCACCUACAGUGAUGUCGGUGGAUGCAAGGAGCAGAUCGAGAAGCUUCGCGAAGUAGUAGAAACACCUCUGCUACAUCCGGAAAAGUUCGUCAAUCUGGGAAUUGAGCCGCCGAAAGGAGUUUUGCUGUUUGGCCCCCCUGGUACCGGAAAGACUCUUUGUGCUCGGGCAGUAGCGAAUCGUACAGAUGCUUGCUUCAUUCGAGUCAUUGGAUCGGAAUUGGUUCAGAAAUAUGUCGGAGAGGGAGCUCGUAUGGUGAGAGAGUUGUUCGAAAUGGCCCGAUCUAAAAAAGCUUGCCUGAUCUUUUUUGACGAAAUCGAUGCUAUCGGAGGGGCUCGUUUCGAUGAUGGCGCCGGUGGGGACAACGAGGUUCAAAGAACCAUGUUAGAGCUGAUUAACCAGCUGGAUGGGUUUGAUCCUCGAGGAAAUAUCAAAGUACUGAUGGCAACAAAUCGCCCGGACACGUUAGACCCAGCUUUGAUGCGCCCUGGACGUUUGGAUCGUAAGGUGGAAUUUGGACUACCAGAUUUGGAGGGUAGAACGCAUAUUUUCAAGAUCCACGCUCGGUCGAUGUCUGUCGAGCGAGACAUACGUUUCGAACUGCUGGCCCGUUUGUGUCCCAACUCUACAGGGGCGGAAAUUCGCUCAGUAUGCACCGAAGCAGGUAUGUUUGCGAUUCGUGCAAGACGUAAGGUGGCUACCGAGAAGGAUUUCCUAGAGGCCGUGAACAAGGUUAUCAAGAGUUAUGCUAAGUUCAGCGCGACUCCCAGAUAUAUGACUUACAACUAAGUUAACUAUAUUAUUUGCGUAUCGCUAUUGAAGCGUAAUGAUGAUAUCGAUAUACUUAUACUA